GCAAUGGAAAACUGCUCCACAGCUACUGAAUUUAUCCUUGUGGGUUUCAGGGAUCUUCCAGACCUCCAAAUAACAUUUUUUAUCAUUUUUCUGGUGCUAUACUUCACCACUGUCCUUGGCAAUGGAAGUAUCAUUGCCCUCAUAAGUGCCGACUCUCAACUUCAUACCCCUAUGUACUACUUUCUUAAGAACCUAUCCUUCCUAGAUCUCUGCUAUUCAUCUGCCAUUGCUCCUAAAGCUCUAGUGAACUUUUUUGAGACAUCUAACAUCAUUUCUUAUGAGGGCUGUGUGGCCCAGUUGAUGCUCUUCACCAUCUUUGUUACCACAGAAGGUUUUCUUUUAGCAGUCAUGGCCUAUGACCGCUUCAUUGCCAUUUGCUACCCUCUCCUCUAUCCAACGAAGAUGUCAAAGAAAUCUUGCUAUCGUCUAGUGGCCACUUCUUAUGCCUGUGGUUGUACCAAUGGUGUAAUACAGACUAGCGUCUCUUUCCGCUUAAGAUUCUGCAACCAUAGCAAAAUCAACCACUUUUUCUGUGAUGUCCCUGCCGUCAUGAAGGCUGCCACCACAAAUACACAUAUCAAUGAAGUUGUGAUGUUCUCACUCUGCAAUGUUAUCAUUGCAGUGACAACAGUGGUAAUAUUCACCUCCUAUGCUUACAUUAUGAACACAAUUCUCAAGAUCGGCUCUGCAGAGGGUAGGCAAAAAGCCUUUUCCACCUGUGCCUCUCACAUAACUGCAGUGACAAUCUUUUAUGGCACAGUGUUCUUCAUUUAUGCUCAACCAGCUGCUAUAUCCUCUCCUGCUCAGAGCAAAAUUGUAUCAGUGUUCUAUACUCUUGUCAUCCCCAUGUUGAACCCCUUAAUCUACAGCCUCAGGAACAAAGAUGUCAAAGAAGCUCUGAAGAGGACUUUGGGCAAAAAAAGAUUCUUUUCCAUGAGCUGA